AUGGACUCAGAUUCCUCAAGGUCACGGAUUGAUCAGUUUUAUGUCUCGAAGAAGAGGAAACACCAGUCACCAAAUUUGAAGUCUGGGAGAAAUGAGAAAAAUGUGAAGGUGACAGGAGAAAGGUCUCCUGGAGACAAAGGCAAUUUGGACAUUUACUUGAAAGCCUCUCUGGAUGACAAGAAAUCUACCAGUAGUGGGUUGCAGGCAAGGCAGGAAGCGUUUACAAAAAAAAUGGACUUGGAGGUUUCUGGCUCUUCUGCUGGUGAAAGAAUACUACCGCGACUGCCUAAACCCCUAAGUGCUGAAACUUCUAAAGGAUUUGAAGGGUGUUUGAACCAGAGCGGAUCUCAAGUUUUGCAUAAAGAAGGUGUUGCUACAGCUGAAACUCACGCAACAGAUGGUUUCCUAUGUGCUAACCAGAAUUAUGAUUCAGAACUAAGAGACUUUGCCACUGGUUUCUUGUCCUUGUAUUGUAGUGGAGUGCAGUCUGUUGUUGGCUCACCUUCUCAUAAGAAGGCAAACGAACUGAAGCGUCAAAGCAGUUCAUCAUUGCUUGCUCAAGAUAUACAACUUUCUCAGAAGAGGCGUUGUGAUUUCGGAAAUACACCAUCGCUAGAUGAACUUGCCAGGACUAAGCCUGAACCACUCGUUAGUAUUGUUGAUAAGAGAGAAAAAUCUGUUCCAGACCCUAAAAAGAAGAUUACAAGCAAUGAAUCUGUUGAAAUUUCAAUGGGCUUGAGGAAGUGUACAAAGGCACCAGAAUCAUCGGCUCAUCCUACUGAAUGCCACACGCCUGGAUCAACAGUCAAAUCAUGUCCUGUUGGAACACCUAAGUCAGGGAGUGGUAGCUCAAUGUUCUCACCUGGAGAGUCUUUCUGGAAUGAAGCAUUUCAAGUUGCUGAUGGUUUGUCAAACCCAACUGAGAACUCUGGUUCAGUAGAAGCUAAAGAUGGAGGUCAACAUGAAGCUAUUCUUUCAUGCAGCAACGAAACAGAUAAUUGCAGUGACAAGUUAAAGAGAAAUUUAGAUUUAGAUGAAAGCAGAGUAAAGGCUAAAGAUGCCAUUGGUUACUCGAAGGUCGUGGAGAAGCAAGGGAGAGAUUUUAGUAAAGAAGUAUCUCCACUCCCUGUCAAGAAUCUGGACCUUUUGUUUCAAGAUAAAAAAACAAAUGGAGGUACCCAAGAGCAGUGUGCUUCAUUUGAUCAAAAUAACAUUACUCGAGGAAGUAGUAGGAUCUCUGAAUCUGCUUCUGUUAAUAAUAAAGAACAUGAAACUCUUGAUAUUGCAAAUAAUGCUCAGGCAGAUAAAAAUUUGAUAGGCAACAUAAGAAAAUCAGCUGACUCUAGUGAAUCUGAAGAAAGUAAUACUCCUUCAAGCUCUCAUCGUAAUAAAGAUGGUUUAAGUCUCAGCACGUGGCUUCCCUCAGAAGUUUGCAGCGUAUACAAUAAGAAAGGAAUAUCUAAACUUUAUCCAUGGCAGGUCGAGUGCCUUCAGGUAGAUGGUGUUUUGCACAAAAGGAACCUGGUAUAUUGUGCUUCUACAAGUGCUGGUAAAAGUUUUGUUGCAGAAAUUUUGAUGCUGCGCCGGGUCAUAACAACUGGAAAAAUGGCACUGCUUGUGCUACCUUAUGUAUCCAUUUGCGCUGAGAAGGCGGAACACCUUGAGGCUCUUCUUGAACCACUUGGUAAGCAUGUUCGUAGUUACUAUGGAAAUCAGGGUGGUGGAACACUUCCUAAAGGCACUGCUGUGGCUGUUUGCACGAUUGAGAAGGCAAACUCUUUGAUAAAUCGCUUGCUUGAAGAGGGUCGUUUGUCUGAACUUGGGAUAAUUGUUAUAGAUGAGCUACACAUGGUGGGGGACCAACAUAGGGGUUAUCUUUUGGAACUUAUGCUGACGAAACUUCGUUAUGCUGCCGGUGAAGGCAGUUCAGAAUCUAGUAGUGGUGAGAGUUCAGGGAAUAGCAGUGGCAAGGCUGAUCCUGCUCAAGGCCUACAAAUUGUGGGUAUGAGUGCUACAAUGCCGAAUGUUGGAGCAGUUGCUGAUUGGCUUCAAGCAGCUUUAUAUCAGACAGAGUUUCGGCCAGUUCCACUAGAGGAGUAUAUUAAAGUUGGUAACAUCAUUUAUAAUAAAAAGAUGGAAGUUGUGAGGACUAUACCAAAAGCUGCUGAUAUGGGAGGAAAAGACCCAGACCAUAUCAUUGAGCUUUGUAACGAGGUUGUUCAAGAGGGCAAUUCAGUGCUGAUAUUUUGCUCGAGUCGAAAAGGAUGUGAAUCAACUGCUAGGCAUAUUGCAAAGCUCAUUAAAAUAGUGCCAAUAUACGUUGAUGGUGAAAAUAAUAGUGAGUUUAUGGAUAUCAAAUCUGCUAUUGAUGCCCUGCGAAGGUCUCCGUCUGGGGUAGAUCCUGUACUAGAAGAAACUCUUCCCUCUGGGGUUGCCUAUCACCAUGCUGGUCUUACAGUUGAAGAAAGAGAGAUAGUUGAGACCUGUUACCGUAAGGGUCUUGUACGUGUCUUAACAGCUACAUCCACUCUGGCGGCUGGGGUUAACCUGCCUGCAAGGAGAGUCAUUUUUCGACAACCAAUGAUUGGCCGUGAUUUUCUGGAUGGAACAAGGUACAAGCAAAUGGCUGGUCGAGCUGGGCGGACUGGGAUUGAUACAAAAGGAGAAAGUGUGUUGCUUUGCAAACCUGGAGAACUCAAACGAAUAAUGGCACUUCUAAACGAGAGCUGCCCUCCUUUGCAGUCUUGUUUAUCUGAGGAAAAGAAUGGAAUGACUCAUGCAAUAUUAGAAGUUGUGGCAGGUGGAAUUGUUCAGACUGCCAAAGAUAUUCAUCGCUAUGUUAGGUGUACUCUUCUGAAUUCUACAAGGCCCUUUCAAGAUGUGGUCAAAUCAGCUCAGGAUUCUCUUCGGUGGUUGUGUCACAGAAAAUUUCUUGAGUGGAAUGACGAGACAAAAUUAUACUCUACAACACCCCUUGGACGUGGAUCUUUUGGCAGUUCACUCUGCCCAGAGGAGUCACUUAUAGUGCUGGAUGAUCUUCUAAGAGCACGUGAAGGACUAGUUAUGGCUUCCGAUUUGCAUUUGGUCUACCUAGUCACACCAAUUAAUGUUGGUGUUGAACCGAACUGGGAAUUGUAUUAUGAACGGUUCAUGGAACUGUCUCCUUUAGAACAGUCUGUUGGCAAUAGAGUUGGGGUGGUCGAACCUUUUCUGAUGCGCAUGGCACAUGGUGCAACAGUGCGCACUUUAAACAAACCACAAGAUGUAAAAAAUAAUUUGCGUGGAGAAUAUGACAAUAGGCCUGGCUCAACGAGCAGUAAGAUGCUUUCAGAUGAACAGAUGCUUCGAGUGUGCAAACGAUUUUUCGUUGCUCUCAUCUUGUCAAAAUUAGUUCAGGAAGCUUCUGUGUCUGAUGUCUGUAAAGCCUUUAAAGUGGCUAGAGGUAUGGUUCAAGCGUUACAGGAGAAUGCUGGAAGGUUUUCUUCCAUGGUUUCGGUGUUCUGUGAGAGGCUUGGAUGGCAUGAUCUAGAAGGCUUAGUUGCCAAGCUACAGAAUCGUGUUUCAUUUGGUGUCAGGGCUGAAAUUGUUGAACUUACUAGCAUUCCAUAUAUAAAGGGUUCAAGAGCUAGAGCAUUGUAUAAAGCUGGCUUGCGUACAUCUCAGGCAAUAGCUGAAGCAUCCAUCCCUGAAAUUGUCAAAGCUCUCUUUGAAUCUUCAGCAUGGGCUGCAGAAGGUACAGGACAAAGAAGGAUACACCUGGGAUUAGCCAAGAAAAUCAAGAAUGGGGCGCGCAAAAUUGUUCUUGAGAAAGCAGAAGAGGCGAGGGCUGCUGCAUUCUCUGCUUUUAAGUCACUUGGUUUGGAUGUUCGUGAGCUUUCAAAUCCCAUGCCCUUGGCUCCUGUUACGAGUCCCAGUGGACAAGAAAGUACUGAAAGAGACAUUACUGGAGGCUCUGUUGGUCCCAAUGGAUUACAACAUUUUCCAGGAAAAUCAAGGAUAGAGGGGCACAUGGAAUGUGAGAACUUUGAUAUAGAUAAUCACAGAGAAAAGCCUAGGGAAGUAUCAGGUGCUGCGUUAGCGGUUUCAUCAGAAGUUAAAUUGACCAGUCGUCUUCCUGAUUUUCAACCCAUAGGAACUACAGUGGGCACUGAUGGGCCUAAUGCUGCUAGUAUUCUUUCCAGUGAAACUUUCUCUCCCCCUGUAUAUGAUGACAGAGAGAUAAAAGAUGAGAACAAUGUUGAGCAGCAUUUGACGAGGAAUGGCCAUAUUCCUCUUAGUAAUAAGGAUGGUACAAGUGAAAAGGGUCCAAUAAAUGCAGGAAAUAUUAGUGGCGGAUUUGAUUCAUUUCUGGAACUUUGGGAAUCUGCUGGAGAAUUUUUCUUUGAUAUCCACUAUAAUAAAGUACAAGAUUUGAAUUCCCGCAUCUCUUAUGAGAUACAUGGAAUUGCAAUCUGCUGGACUAGCUCUCCUGUAUACUAUGUCAAUCUUAACAAGGAUCUUCCUAACCUAGAAUGUGCAGAAAAAGAAAAGCUUCUCAAGGAUACAGUUGGCAAAAACGAAGUUUUGGCUGCCCACAACAUGUUUGAUGUUAUAAAAUCUAGGUGGAACAUAAUCUAUAAAAUAAUGGGGAAUGGAAGUACAAGAAAGUUCACUUGGAAUUUGAAAGUCCAGAUUCAGGUGCUGAAGAGUCCUGCCAUUUCAAUCCAAAGAUGUGCUCGCCUAAAUCUUGCGGAAGGGACCAGGGAUUUUGAGUUGGUCGAUGGAUCUUGGCUAAUGAUGCCUCCGCUUCGCAUAAGACACACCAUUGACAUGAGCAUCGUGACAUGGAUUCUUUGGCCAGAUGACGAAAGACACUCAAAUCCAAACAUAGAUAAGGAAGUAAAGAAAAGACUGUCCCCAGAUGCAGCUGAAGCUGCUAAUCGCAGUGGCAGGUGGAAGAAUCAGAUCCGAAGGGUUGCUCACAAUGGUUGCUGCAGACGGGUUGCUCAAACGCGAGCCCUUUGUUCAGCUCUGUGGAAGAUCCUUGUGUCCGAAGAACUUAUUGAAGCACUGACUACGACUGAAAUGCCCCUGGUUAAUAUCCUUGCAGACAUGGAGCUCUGGGGGAUAGGUGUCGAUAUAGAAGGAUGCCUUGGGGCACGGAAUAUAUUGCGGGAUAAACUGCGGUCCCUUGAGAAGAAAGCAUUUGAAUUGGCUGGCAUGACAUUUUCAUUGCACAACCCAGCUGACAUUGCAAAUGUGCUGUUUGAACAGUUGAAGUUGCCAAUACCGGAGAACCAAAAUAAAGGGAAACUUCAUCCAAGUACUGAUAAGCAUUGCUUGGAUCUUUUAAGGAAUGAGCAUCCUCUUGUCCCAAUAAUCAAAGAGCACCGCACUUUGGCAAAACUCUUAAAUUGUACACUUGGAUCAAUUUGUUCACUUGCUAAACUACGCUUGAGCACGCAAAGGUACACUUUGCAUGGCCGCUGGCUUCAAACAUCAACAGCAACUGGGCGGCUUUCCAUUGAAGAGCCUAAUCUCCAAUCUGUUGAGCAUGAAGUAGAGUUCAUAUUGGAUAAAAGUGGAAAGGAAGCGAAUUUAGCUGAUCGUUACAAAAUUAAUGCACGUGAUUUCUUUGUUCCUACUCAGGAAAAUUGGCUACUCUUGACAGCAGAUUAUUCACAGAUAGAGUUACGACUUAUGGCACACUUUUCUCGCGAUUCCUCGUUGAUUACACAGCUUAGUCAGCCAGAAGGCGAUGUCUUUACGAUGAUAGCUGCAAGAUGGACCGGAAAGGCAGAGGAUUCUGUUAGUCCAGAUGAUAGAGAUCAGACCAAAAGAUUGAUCUAUGGAAUUCUAUAUGGAAUGGGUGCAAACAGGCUUGCAGAACAGCUUGAGUGCAGCUCAGAUGAAGCCAAGGAGAAAAUUAGAAGCUUUAAAAGUUCUUUCCCUGCAGUCACCUCUUGGCUUAACGAAACAAUUUCAUUUUGCCAGGAAAAGGGAUACAUUCAGACGCUCAAGGGAAGAAGGCGUUUCUUGUCGAAAAUAAAAUUUGGGAAUGCCAAAGAGAAAUCUAAGGCUCAAAGGCAAGCUGUAAAUUCCAUGUGCCAGGGAUCUGCUGCUGAUAUAAUCAAGAUUGCUAUGAUAAAUAUAUAUUCUGCAAUUUCUGAGGAUGUUGAUACCGCAGCAUCUAGUUCUUCAACUGAAACUAGGUUUCACCUGUUGAAGGGACGAUGCCGAAUUCUUCUACAGGUACAUGACGAACUUGUGCUGGAAGUGGAUCCUUGUUACGUAAAAGAAGCUGCAAUGUUGUUACAAACCAGCAUGGAAAAUGCGGUUUCACUUCUCGUCCCUCUACAUGUGAAACUGAAGCCUUGGAUGGUUUUGAGCAACUCGCUCAUAUGCCUAUCUGAUGCAUCAAAAUGUUCCGACUUCCACGGCUGGACUCGAUGGCAUGCUCUUCUUUAUCUUCAUGAAGUGAUGAAGAUCAAUGAUUUCACCGGCUUCGUCGACAUUCCUUGCUUGAAGCCCGAGACAUGGUUAUGGAGAGGAAUGGACUAA